UAGCUGCGUCUCAGUUAUACAGGACAGACCCGUCAUGGCUCUUCUAAUGAGAUUAUGCUCAUUUGUUGUCAAUGUGUUGUUGUUACCCCUUCAUGUGAUCGAUGCCGUCGGCCUGUAUAAAUUAUACAAACGCGUCUUUCCACUAUGUGUGUAUCGGAUAUCUUUCACCUACAACAAGAAAAUGCACGAUAAGAAGAAGGAGCUGUUUCUCACUCUUCCAGAGUUCAGCAAGGCCGGUCAGCUCACGAUUUUGGAGAUCGGCUGUGGCAGUGGCACAAAUUUUGAGUACUAUCCCUCCGGUUGUAAGGUGAUCUGCACAGACCCCAACCCUCAUUUCCAGAAAUAUCUGAAGAAAAGCAUGGACGUAAAUGACCACCUCAAGUAUGAAAAGUUUGUGGUGGCAUCGGGGGAGGACAUGGGGUCAGUUGAGGACGAAUCGGUAGACGUGGUUGUCUGCACCCUGGUGCUCUGCUCUGUCAACAGCAUACCGCAAACUCUGCGGGAGGCUCACCGCAUACUGAGACCAGGUGGAGCCCUCUAUUUCAUAGAGCACGUUGUUGCAGAUCCUUCCUCCUGGGCAUACUUUCUCCAGCAUGUUCUCCAGCCUGCCUGGUACUACUUUGGUGAUGGAUGUGAGGUCACCCGGGCCACAUGGAAACAUCUGGAGGCAGCUGGAUUCUCUGAGCUCAAAUUAAAGCAUGUUGAAGCGCCGCUCUUCGUAGUGAUCAGCCCACACAUCAUUGGCUAUGCUGUGAAAUAGAUGUCUGUUCAGCUUUGUAGUUAUCUCGCCUCACAGGGUGUGUGUGUGUGACCAUGCUAAGCACAAAAUGCCUCUCCUCUCUCGUCUGAUAUAAUUGAACACCAGUAAUUGAGAUAACACUAGGUAACUUUAUAGUUAUUUAAUUUUUCUAUUGAAAAAACUUUCAGUGCUCAUGUUUCGUCUUGUAAAGACAAUUAAUUAAGUUGUUGAAUGACAAUCUAACAUAGGACACAUUUGUAAUUUUGUACUGUUGAAAGUGUCAAAAUAUAGUCAAUUUUGAUGUCUAUUUGAUUUUCUGUCCCAUAUUCCUCAUCCCGGAAUGGCUUGCUGAAAUUGAUAUAAUACUACAGUAGAGAAGUAAUACAUUUAGGUGUUUAUCUGUCUACUGCUUGGUGUGGCUUAUUAGUAUCUUAUAAUGUCAAUUAUGACAUAAAAAUAAAAAUGCUGUGAUUCAGCA